AACCAGCAGUUUCUGCCGAACUUAAGGCUUGGCUAUUCAAUGCCAUUACUGAAUCUAUACCCAGAGCUCUAGCGGCUUUCCACGAGCAAACAAUCCCAGCCCCUACGGCGACCAUUACCCAACUCUCAGACUCUGAGGAUUCUCACGCUUCAGAGCAUGAAGAAGCCCCUCGCAAACGCCCUUGGAAGGGCGAUAGCGCCACCGCCGGUAAAG